GCUCGACAAUGAGUGCGCAUAGUGAUGCUAUAGUUGCGUCCAUUCUUAAAACGUACCUAUAAACCACCUUACUACUACUCAGUUUGCACUUCGUGUGUUUUACGAACCAAACGGCGUGAUUAGAAAUCCCCUGUCAAUACGAACUCUAAACACGAAUCUUCCUUCUGUAAAUCGGAUAGAUGUGAAAUAAUUAUUAGGCCUUCUUUGCUAAUCUCAAUGUUGAUACAACUGAAGUAAUCUGCGACCUUGCUUUAAGGUCAGUUUUAUCAUGAAACAUCUCGGAACAUCCAACAGACCUCGAGCAAGAUGUGGUUAGCUCUAAAUUGAAUUUUUUCGAGGCCGGUAUUAAUAAAACGAAUAGGGCAAGUUUUACUUUUUUUAAGUUUAAGAGUACAUGCUCUAAUUGUUUAUAUCCAAUAAAAGUUGCUCGCCAUCUAUUCUGUGACGUAAACACAAACGUGAUUUGCAGUCAGCUGCUGCUGUUACUCACAAUCAGAAUUGAAACGCGCAGAUUCGCUGGAAAGAUCUCUCCGCGUAUAUUCUCUGGCGUAGCCUAUCAUGCGUACAUUAUUGGGUAGUCCAAUCACGCGAGGCUUAUGCCGCCCCGCAGUACAAAACUCAAAGCGGGUGGGAGAGUGGUCCUUUCGGCGAGAGUAUUUUAGCACUAGUGCAGUCUGUUUCGCCGGCAGUAAAUAUAGACCGUCUUCGUGCACGAACAUGGCUCAAAAAGUUCCAUUCGUGCAGUUCAACAAUGAUUUAAAAUUUCCGAUCUUUGGCCUUGGAACGUGGAAGUCUCCACCCGGCGAAGUGACUCAAGCGGUGAAGAAUGCAAUUGAUGCCGGAUACAGACAUAUCGACUGUGCACACGUAUAUGGCAAUGAAACUGAGGUCGGGGCCGCUCUUAAAGAGAAAAUUCAAGAAGGUGUUGUAAAACGUGAGGAUUUGUAUAUCACUAGCAAGUUGUGGAAUACAUUUCAUCGUCCUGAUCUCAUUGAACCUGCUAUUAAGACUACAUUAUGCAAUUUAGGACUGGAAUAUUUAGAUUUGUAUUUGAUUCAUUGGCCUCAAGCAUACAAGUUUUUUUUUAAAAAGGAUUUUAAAGGAUUUUCCAUUUUAUUGCAUUGGAAGAAAAGAAAUAGGUUUAUUCCUGAGAAAGAUGGAAAGACUGUGUACAGUGAUGUGGACUAUGUUGACACUUGGAAAGGAAUGGAAAAGUUGGUGAAGAAAUGCCUGACAAAAUCAAUUGGUGUUUCUAACUUUAACCAUGAACAGAUAGAUCGUGUUUUGGCCAUUGCAGAAAUCAAACCUGUGACCAAUCAGGUCGAAUGCCACCCUUACUUAAAUCAAAAGAAACUGAUUGAGUAUUGUAAGAGUAAAGACAUAGUGAUAACUGCAUACAGUCCUUUGGGAUCACCUGAUCGCCCCUGGGCUAAACCAGGUGAUCCUCAGCUCAUGGAUGAUCCCAAGCUGAAAGAAAUUGCUCAAAAGUAUGGCAAGACACCUGCACAGAUUCUGCUGCGAUAUAAUGUACAGAGAGGCCUCAUCACUAUACCUAAAUCAGUAACCAAGUCUCGCAUUGAACAGAAUAUUGAUAUUUUUGAUUUUGAAUUGAAAAAUGAAGACAUGGAAUGCAUUGACACUUUUGAUUGUAAUGGCCGUUUCUGUCAUCUUAACUGGAUAAAGGACCAUAAAUAUUAUCCUUUCAACAUUGAAUAUUAAGAGUAUGUUUUCAUGGCAUACAAAUCUUGAAUCUCUGAAACAAAUUCCUAGAAAAUUAUUUUUCGCCCGACAAUAAUAAAUGUGUAAAGUUGCAGAUUCGAGGAAUAAAAUGAAGGUUUUUUGGAAAUAAAACUCUAUUUAGAUAUGGUGUAUUUUUUAUUGCUAGUUGGUGUAACAUUCUGUAUUCUCAAUGGCAAAUUUUAUAGCCACUACAUACUACUGAAUAUGUUUCUCACAAUCAAUUACAUGAUACAUAUUCCAUCACUAGACUUCAAGAGAUAAAUGCCUGGUAGCAGGAUUAUCUCAGUUAAUUGAACUGUAUUAUCUCUUGAAUCUGUGAAUCAGAUUUGUCUGCAAUUAUGGGUGAUGCAUUCAUACUUGAUCUCUUUCUAUAUGAAAAAAAUUCUCUUAAAAUGAAACUUUCAAUACUCAAAAGUCAGCAACUGCCAUUACUAUUUAAUCAUUUGCUGCUUGUCUUCAACUUUAAACACCUACGCUCAUCAUCUUUGAGGAAUUUGUUCACAACUGCAAGCUAACAAACAUCAGCCAUUGCCACCUUAUGUGGCAUAGACAUUCAAAACAAUAUUAUAAACUAUAUGAAGACAUUGCAACAAUAUGGUAAAAUAUGAAAAUAUUGAAGUUUUUUUCUGUUUCUAUUUAAUAAUUAAAUACAAUGUUCUUAAGAUGAGAUUUGUGACUAGAUCCUUCACAUUUAAACAAGUAUCAAAAACUGCUUAUUGUAUUAGUAAAUGUUAUUAAUAAAGAAUGUGCAAUUGUAAAAUAUAAACAGAGAUUGCUAAAACAUUGUUGGAUACUUGAUUUAUUAAAAGAAUCUAUUAUUUCAAAUGCAUAUCUUAUAAUUUCUGGUGAACAUAUGCAGACCACAUUUUUCAGAUUUCAAAAUGGGUUAAUCUCUACAGCUGCACAUUACUUUCUAGAGGCAGGGUGGGUUAACCUCUUCUCAAGUAGACAAGUGAAAACCCCUUUUACAAUCCCAUUGGUUAGACCUAUGGCCAGCAGCCUCUGCAUGCACUCCUAGCUCUCGGAGUGCAUGAGGCAGACCAUCCUCAUGGCUUGCUAGCGUACGUUCCUCUGAACCUACAGUGCAGAGCCAUACACAAGCCCAUGGGAGGUAGUGAACGAGUGUUCAUGGUGAUAAAUCCAGUGUUUUGUGAAUUGCAAAUUUAUGGUGGAGCUGAACAGGACCGCCACCACCGCCGAGGACUACUGAGUGGGUCUGGGAUUAUUGGGGCCAGGACCGGGGCCGGAGGUUCGGACAUUUCUCGCAUUACGCGAUUUCCGUGAAUUGCGGGAGCUUCGUGAUACACCCUGGAGUCCACCUCUGCCAUUUUGUUGAGCAGAAGCAGUGGUGGAUUUGUGGCGUCCAUGUCGUCCUUUGCUGGUAUUGGACUGCUUCCCUUGACCUUUGGGCUGAGAGGCUCCACUGGGGACUCCUGAGCCCAUUCUUGUUGGAGGACCUGUUGAAUUUCCACUCUGUGUGUCUGCUCCAUUUCCUCUCUUUCUUGCUGAACUUCCCUCUCCUCCACAUUGUUCAUCUGUCUGCAUAAGUUGUAUGGCAGCUGUGUUGAUAGCUGCUGCAUCUGCUGUUGUCUCAUCAUCUCCUCCUGGCUGAAUGAUGAUGCAUCCUCCAGCACUUGCCCCAUUAUCCGUUUCUCCUGCAGCUGCAGCAGGAACUGUGCCUCGCUCUCCCUGUGCCGCCCGUACCAGUGAUAUUAGACAGGGCCCAGGGAGAGAAAGAUGCUCAAGAAAAAAGGAUUUUUCUGGGAUGGGUAAUAGUCUAGGCUGGCCAUUCACAAAUGGAGGCACUCUUGCAGCUGUCAUUUAGCAAAACUAUAGACAGUUCUUGCAUGCAAUGUAACAUCACAAUACAUGCAAGUCAUUUGAACACAGCCAAUGCAUAUGAUUGACAUUCCUACAAAUCUUGAAAUAGACCAGUGAGUAUCACAUGUAUUAAACAUUAUUAUAAAUUUAUAUAUGAUUCUUUAUCACAGCAGUUAGGUCAAUUUAUUAGCUACUAAUGGGCAAUUUCAAAAUGCAGCCGAAUUUGAUUCAACACAUAUCCAAUAAAACCUCACAUACUUAGUCACAUAAUACACAGUCUUGUAUAAAUAAAGUGUAGUUAAAUGUCCAACAUAUGUCUAGAAGUGACAUUUCAGUAAAAUGUAUCAAAAGUAAAAAAGUAAAAAAUGUAUCAAAACAGUAUGAUGUUUCCAUCUUUUGAGUGGCAAAAGCACUUAGCAAACAAGCAAAUAGGCAAAAUUAUGCAAACAUAAUCCCUUUUGGGUCUUUCAUGGUCAUUUUGGGAGUAUAAAGGUACAAUUGACAAUUUCCAAUAUUUGUAUCUACAAACAUUUACUUUUUACAAAACACAUGCAUAACUAUUUCCCAUGACAAUUGUUUGACCAAUUGAAUUCACAAAGUCUUGUAGAGUGUGAGAUAAUGAUCGUAUAUUUUUGCCUAUAAAGAGAGGAGGCAUCUAGGAACCAGCAUGCAGGCUAUGGAUUUGUUGGCAGGCACACACUAACACUAAAAACAUACAGGCACUCCAGGUCAUGGGCCGAGGUACAAGAGCAGCGCCAGGAUCAUAAGGAGAGAGGCUAGAGCUAGGGCAAAAGAGUCCAGCAGGAUCCAGGAGAGGAGGGGCACCAGGAGCACAGACAGCGUGGGCACUGGCAGCACUGCCUUGCUGCUGCUGGAGUUGGCGAUGUUGGCUGGACUGGAGGCCUCCCCCGUGGCACUGGGGUUCAAGUUGUUCUGCUUCUCGUUGAGUGUCGACAUUUUGUUCCGACUGC